AAUAAUCCUCACAGAGAUUUCGACCAAACCAAAAAUCACUUCAAGGGGAAGAGAAGCAAAUAAUGGAAACCAAAGCCCUAAUUCUCACAGUUCUCUUCGUCGUUCUCACCCUCAGAUUCUUGAUCGGAAAACUCAAGCGACACCCUAACCUCCCUCCCUCUCCGCCAUGGUCGUUGCCGGUGAUCGGUCACCUCCGCCUCCUCAAACCGCCGAUCCACCGAACUUUCCUCUCCAUAUCCCAAUCUCUCGGCGACGCUCCCAUCUUCUCCCUCCGCCUCGGUAACCGACUCGUUUUCGUGAACUCCUCACACUCCAUCGCCGAGGAGUGCUUCACCAAGAACGACGUCGUCCUCGCGAACCGCCCAAACUUCAUCCUCGCCAAGCACGUCGCGUAUGACUACACAACCGUGAUCGCAGCUUCCUACGGGGAUCACUGGCGCAACCUCCGCCGCAUCGGCUCCCUCGAGAUAUUCUCCAAUCAUCGGCUCAACAGCUUCUUGUCUAUCCGUAAGGACGAGAUCAGGCGGUUGAUACUACGUCUCUCCAGAAACUUUUCACAAGAAUAUGCGAAGGUGGAGAUGAAGUCAAUGUUAUCUGACUUAACUUUCAACAAUAUCAUCAGAAUGGUGGCUGGAAAACGUUACUACGGCGACGGUGUUGAGGAGGAUCCAGAGGCUAAAAGAGUCAGGCAGCUUAUUGCGGAUGUGGUGGCUCUAGCUGGCGCUGGAAACGCUGUUGAUUACUUACCGUUCUUGCGUUGGGUUUCAGAUUACGAGAACCGUGUCAUGAAGCUGGCGGGUAGGUUGGACGAGUUCUUGCAAGGGUUGGUCGAUGAGAAACGAGACGCUAAGGAGAAGGGCAACACAAUGGUCGAUCACUUGCUUUCUCUGCAAGAAACGCAGCCUGAUUACUUCACUGAUCGCAUCAUCAAAGGAAACAUGGUUGCCUUGAUACUAGCGGGGACUGAUACAUCAGCGGUGACAUUAGAAUGGGCUUUGUCGAACUUGUUGAACUAUCCGGAUGUAUUGAAAAAGGCGAGAAAUGAGAUUGAUUGUAAGGUGGGUUUAGACAGGCUUAUAGACGAGUCAGACAUCUCCAAUCUGCCGUAUCUUCAGAACAUCGUGUGUGAGACGUUACGCCUGUACCCUUCCGUCCCCAUGCUGCUUCCUCACGUGGCCUCGGAAGAUUGUAAAGUAGCGGGAUACGACAUGCCUAGUGGGACGAUACUAUUGACUAACGCAUGGGCUAUACACAGAGAUCCACAGCUAUGGGAGGACCCCACGAGUUUUAAGCCUGAGAGGUUCGAGAAAGAAGGGGAAUCUAAUAAGCUAAUGUCCUUUGGGUUAGGAAGAAGAGCAUGUCCUGGUUCAGGACUGGCUCAUAGGCUAGUAAACCUGACACUUGGGUCAUUGAUUCAGUGUUUGGAAUGGGAGAGGAUUGGAGAAGAGAAAGUGGAUAUGAGUGAACGCAAAGGAGGUACAAUGCCUAAAGCCAAGCCUCUGGAAGCCAUGUGCAGAGCACGUACCGCUGUUGGUAAAAUCUUCCACGAGGGAGCUUGAUUUUAUGACUUUCUGUAAGGAUCACCUAAAAAACAAUAAAUAAAUCGACUGUAAAUUUCCGACAAUGUUGAUAGUUGUUAGCGUGUUACGGUCUGUUCAAUCUACGAUUGAGUUUGCGAUGUUUUGAGAUUAGUUAUAUGUUUAUGAACAUAUAAAUAAAUCGACUGUAAAUUUCCGAUAAUGUUGAUAAUUGUUAGCGUGUUACGGUCUGUUCAA